UAAAUAUAGACAUAAAAUAAUAUAAACAACAACUAGGACUAAUGAGAGUUACAGAAUAAAAAAGGACGGCUCCACUAAAUCUAAAUUUUGAAACAAAUCUAUAAAAAUGGAUUCCAAAUUCCGACAAAAAAAUGAGACUUGUGAAGAAUUGAAAGUAUUGCAGUCCUCCGUAGAAUGCAUGAGGACGGAUCUGUCUGUCCUUUCGGACGCUGUUGCCACCCAAGCGGCAUACAUUAGGAGACUUCUCAAGCGGAAUUCUGUGGGAUUAUCCAAACUUUCGCAGAGGGCAACAUUUCCUCUCAGAUCUGCAAACGAUCUGAAGAAGCUAGACCUCAAAAUUACCGUAGAUAAUAAACGAAUAUAUAUUAACGAAAUGAAAAAUCUGCUCAGCCAAUCCUCAUUAUCACAAUCAAUUAAAAAAAUUAUGAUAGAGAAAGUUAGAUGUGUAUAA